AUGGCUUCUCUGACGCGAACAUUGCGGGCUCGCGCCCCCCUCCUCUGCUCCGCAUGUGCCACUCCUCGCGUCCUGCCUCGAUCCGCUCCCUUCUACAGACUCGCCACAUCCCGACCUCUGACCACCACGCCUCGCCGCAGAUACGCAUCGGCUGGAGAGCAGUAUGCUGAGGUUGCCGAGGUCGACUAUGCGGCCCUCACACCCACGCCCAUCACCCACUUCUCCGAGACUGAGAUCAUGCUGGCCGAGUCCGUCUCUAAGUUUGCCAAUGAGGUGAUCGCACCAAAGGUGCGAGAGAUGGACGAGGAAGAGAAGAUGGAUCCCGCUAUAGUUGAGCAGAUGUUCGAGCAAGGGCUUAUGGGCUUCGAAAUCCCUGAAGAGUAUGGUGGCGCGGGCAUGAACUUUACCUCAGCCAUCGUGGGUAUCGAAGAGCUGGCACGAGUUGACCCAUCUGUGUCGGUCCUGUGCGACGUUCACAAUACUCUAGUUGUCACAGCCAUCCUCAAAUACGGCACACAGGAGUCGAAGAAGAAGUGGCUCCCCAAGCUGGCCACCAACACGGUUGGCUCCUUCUGCCUCUCGGAACCCGCUUCUGGUUCCGACGCGUUCGCUCUUAAGACCAAAGCUGUCAAGACUGACAACGGCUAUCGGAUAAGCGGCUCGAAAAUGUGGAUCACCAACUCUAUGGAGGCUGAUUUCUUCAUUGUCUUCGCCAACCUGAAUCCCGACAAGGGCUACAAGGGUAUCACGGCUUUCGUCGUCGACAAGAGCAUGAAGGGCUUCAGCAUUGCUAAGAAAGAGAAGAAGCUGGGCAUCAGGGCCUCGAGCACUUGCGUGGUCAAUUUUGAUGAUGUGGAGGUGCCGGCUGGCAAUCUGCUCGGCAAGGAGGGCGAAGGUUACAAGUAUGCUAUUGGUCUGCUCAAUGAAGGUCGCAUUGGUAUCGCUGCUCAGAUGACUGGUCUGGCUCUCGGCGCCUGGGAGAAUGCAGCCAAAUACGUGUGGAACGACCGCAAGCAAUUCGGACAGCUGGUUGGCGAGUUCCAAGGUAUGCAGCAUCAGCUCGCCCAGGCCUACACCGAGAUCGCGGCGGCCCGGGCACUGGUCUACAACGCUGCACGCAAGAAGGAAGCCGGCGAAGACUUCGUGACGGAUGCUGCCAUGGCCAAGUUAUAUGCCAGUCAGGUUGCUGGCAAGGUCAGCGGGCUGGCUGUGGAGUGGAUGGGAGGUAUGGGCUUCGUUCGCGAUGGCAUUGCCGAGAAGAUGUUUCGCGAUAGCAAGAUUGGCGCCAUUUAUGAAGGUACGAGCAACAUUCAGUUGACGACGAUAGCCAAGUCGCUACAGAAGAAGUACACCAUGUAA